AUGUCACGUGAUAAACUGUUAACUUUAUCUGAUGUCGCAAAUCGAGCAUUUUAUGAUGGAAAUUUUGAAAAAGCUUUAACACUUUAUAAUGAAGCAAUUCAAUUACAUCCCACUAAUUUCAUUCUAUAUUCCAAUCGUUCCGCUAUUUUUUUCCGCCUUAGAUAUUUCCACCAGUCAUUGGCUGAUGCUCAGCAAGCGUUAGCAUUAAAUCCUAAAUGGGCAAAGGGUUAUUUGCGGAAGGGUAAUGCUCUACGUGGUAUUGGAGAAUUUGAUAAAGCAAUUUUUGCAUACUGCCAAAGUUUGGCAAUUGAAAAUGAAAUUGAAACAAUUGAUACAUUAAAAGAUGGAUUAUGUUAUAGCUCAAUCAAAAAUCAUUUAUCAAUAUUACUCAACAAAAUUGGAACUGAUAUAAAUGGAGUGAAAUUGAAUGCAUUCUUAAUUAUUAGCAUAAUUGGUCAAGAAUAUUUGAUCACUGGUUAUAUAACUGAAGCAAUUACAUUGCUUCAAUUAGCACUAGAUAUGAAUGAAGCUAAUGUAGCAUCAUUGAGCUCAAGACUGUCAGUGCUCGGUGCUAUUUCAUUUGCAUAUUAUCAACAAAAAAAUUAUCAACAAGCAAUCAAAUAUUUAGACAUGCAACUUGAAAUCACUAAUGAAUGA